AUGAAACAGGGCCUUAUAUUGAAUCAGAUUUUAAAUACGUAUGGAUUAAGUGAUGUCAGUAGCAAUAUGUGCAGAAAUCACAUAGAUGAGUUUAAAUUGGCACUGAGGGCCUUGGAGCCUUGGGCUUUAAAAAUGUUUGACGCGUCUUCGAAGCUAAUGCCAGGAAUUCUGGCUGGAAACCUAGCAGAGUUGGGCAGUUAUAAAGAAUGUCUCAGUAUUUCUGAGGACACAAUUUAUGGCCCUAUAAAAGGGCGUCAUUGCACGUUGCACAUUCAUCCUGCGGAUAAACUUAUAAAGAUCGUUGUGGGAUUCAAAAAGCCAAUUUCUGAUAUGCAUUUUAGAAAUCUUAAAAACAACAUCUUAGAUGAGGUCAAAAUCAUAUGGUCAGUAUGUGUUCCUGAUUCCUGCUCUUACAAGGAUGUACUACAUCAUUUUAACAAAAGUAUUCUAGACGUUACCGAAGGUUUAAAUUUAACGUUAUCCCUAAAAGAGACCCAAUGCUCUACAGCAGAAGAUACUCCUGAAUUUAGUGGUGCUGACUUAGCUUAUUUUGUCUGCAUUGGCUCCAUAAUUAUUAUAGUAUGUAUAUCGACAAUACUAGACUUAUUUCUUGCAAAAGAUUCUAUACCAGAAACUGCAAGUUUAUUUUCCUUAAAACGUAAUAGCAAAAUUUUGUUUUGUACUAAGGCCAAAAAAGAUGAUAUUUCAUGUUUACAUGGUCUAAGAUUUCUUAGCAUGUGUCUUAUUGUAUAUGGCCAUCGUUAUAUACAUAAUAUGGCCACACCAAUAGUAAAUUAUAUGGAUUUACUUGAGUGGCUAGAAUCGUAUUACAGUACCACAGUUCAUGGAGGAACUACUACUGUGGACACCUUCUUGCUAAUAUCAGCCACACUACUUAGCUAUGGAUACUUUAAUAUUACUUCCAAGGGGGUUAAGAUAAAUCUAUUUUUCUUUUACUUAAGUAGACAUUUAAGACUUUUGGUACCAUUACUUCUGGCUGUAAGCACUGUGACAUUAAUGACCAAACAUUUUGGUGGAGGUCCAUUUUACCAAAACCUCAAUUCUUACAAUGAAAUAACUUGUGGGUACUUCUGGUGGAGUGCUUUACUCUAUUUACAGCCAUUCGUUAACCCAAAAAGUGUGUGCAUCGUACAAACCUGGUACCUAAGUGUGGAUAUGUUUUGGUACUAUUGUUCACCCAUAUUACUAAUGACUAUAGGAAGAAGCCAUAAAAUGGGCUAUAUAGUCUUGUCUAUUAUCUACAUAAUUUGUACCAUUAUAAACUUCUCUAUUGCCUGGGAAAAUCAAUUUAACGGACAAAUGCCUGUAACACCAAACCUUCUUAGUACGGACUACUUUAGUAGGCAUUAUAUUCAGCCUAUUAUACGAGGCGGACCGUAUAUUUUAGGUCUCGUGUUCGGCCAUAUUUUGUUUAAAACAAAAGGGCGGACAAUUAAAAUAUCACUGUGUAUGAAAAUGGUCGGCUGGAUUAUGGUUUCGGUUUGUAUGCCUUCAAUUGUAAUAAUAACUCGCUUAUUUCGGUUGGACGGUUUCACGUAUAACAGAACAUUUGCGUCAUUAUUCCUCGCUUUUCAUCGGUCCGCUUGGACCGUUUGCAUCAUGUGGAUUAUUUGGUCUUGUCAGCAUACGAAGGAUGGUAAGAUUAUUAAAUUGUUAUGCUUAAGCAUAUAAAUUAUAGCGUUAAAGCUUAGUUGCUUAUGGCCUAAUAGGAAAUAUAAAAUUUACUAUUUUUGCUUAAUCAGUAAUAUAGAGUGGGUUCAAGAUAAGAAUGUUUACCAUGAGUAUUUUGGAAAAUAAAAGGAAUAGAAAGAUUUUUUACCUUAAAAAGAAU